GUUUCCUGUCGUCUGAUGUACUACUUCCUAAUUCUCCUAUUGUGUGAGUAUCGUCUUUGUUCUCCUUCUAGCGGAAAUGAAGUUGUUCACCUUCGUUGUUUUGCAUCUUCUGAUGGAUGUUCAGUCUCAAAAAUCUCCUGCUGUAAAAGUAUCUCCAGAUGUCAUAAGAGAGUCCAGCACAGUGAAGAUCAUCUGUGAGACAUCAGAACGUGUGGAUCAGUGUUAUUUCUACACAAAAAGACAAGAGAAGAUUAUAAAAGUCCCUUCAUCGUGUGAGCUGGAUCUCACUGGUGCUGAAGUGCUCAGAUGGGCAGCUGUGAAAUCACCUGAGUCAAUAGACAUUUACUGUUACUUUACAAUAGAAAACCACGGCAUCAACAAACCAUCAUCUCAUUCUACUCCUGCUACUGUGACUGUGUUGGAUUCACUUCAGAAACCCUUCAUUAGUGUUAAUGAAGAUCAGGACAUUAUAUCAUGUGAAAUACCCCUCUCAGUCGAAGCUGAUUUCAUCUGUAGCUUCUACACUGAAGAUGGUGGUCUUCUGUGUCAGCGUGUCUCUCAGAGGAGUUCGUCUGGAGAGAAAAGUCACUGUAUGUAUUACUUAAGUCAAAGUGAACUCUUCACACGAUCAGUGAACAGGAGACGGCUGAGCUGUGUUUAUUCACCCAAGACUGAACCUGAGAUCAGAUCCCCACACAGUGACACGAUCACCUUGAAAGGUCUUCCUCUGGCCAGGUUGUCAGCAUCUGCUUCAGUUAUUCUGGAAACAGACACAGUUCAGCUGAGUUGUGAGAAUACUGAAGAUCUGAAGAUGAAUACGUGUUACUUUUACAUAAAUGAAAGACAAAAUAACUCAAAACCGAGCUCAUCAUGUAAGCUUUCACUCACUGGAUCUCAGAUCAGUAUUUGGUCGGGAGGUCAGAGCUCAUCUGUGAGAAUAAUCUGCUUCUACACUGUGAUGAACAAACCGUCUCUUCAUUCUGAUCCAGUGACAGUCCAAAUUUCAACAUCAACCUCAACUGAACAAACUACUACAACAGCCAUGAAAACCUCUUUACCUGUAACCUCCACUUGUGAAACCACAACAUACAGUAAAUCUUAUGUAGAUGUAGUCUCUAGUGUUCCUGCGGCUCAUACUGAAGGUCCACCCACACUACAAUACAAAGAUAUGUUGUGGUAUAUGCUGGUCUCCACUGGUCUUUCUGUAAUUUUGUCUGGACUCAUGGGACUCAUCUGUCUGUGCUGGUUUGCAUGUAAAAGAAGAAGAAACAAUAAAACGAGAGCAACCAAAGCCGAUGUGUCCGGUCAAGAAACUGGAAUGAGUUGUUCUGGACCUGCAGAGAUAUAUUCUCUGAUCACUUCUGUGCCAGCCACAUGCCAGCCCAUAUCUGCCGAUGUUUUGGUUAAUAAACAACAGGAACAGGGAAACCUGGAGGAAAACGAGAAUGUUUAUCACCUGUACUGUACAGUUCCUGAAAACUAGUUGAUUCAGAUGCAGCAGCCUGCAGUUUGGUGAAGAUGCACCUAUGUGUCUCAUAUCUGUGUUCAUUAUGUACAGCCACUGUAAAUAAAGUAUCAGUACUCGCAGACAAGUGGGUGUAUCUUUUUUUAUCGUUUAAUGUUUGGU